CCUAAAACCAUCUGCUUCAGCCUUCAGCUAGCCCCAAGUUUAGUCGGCCGAUCGAUCACUGAAGUAGUAAUGGCCUCCGCCAACAGCUGGACCCUCGAGAUCGCGUCGCCGGUGGCCCCGCAGCGCCUGUUCCGCGCCGCCGUGAUGGACUGGCACACCCUGGCGCCCAAGGUCGCCUCCCACGUCGUCGCCAGCGCGCAGCCCGUGGAGGGCGACGGCGGCGUUGGCAGCGUCAGGCAGUUCAACUUCACCUCAGUCAUGCCGUUCAGCUUCAUGAAGGAGCGUCUCGAGUUCCUCGACGCGGACAAGUGCGAGUGCAAGAACACGCUCAUCGAGGGCGGCGGCAUCGGCGUCGCCAUCGAAACGGCGACGUCGCACAUCAAGGUGGAGCCCGCGGCCGGCGGCGGGAGUGUGGUGAAGGUCGAGUCCACGUACAAGCUGCUGCCGGGCGUGGAGGUGAAGGACGAGAUCGCCAAGGCCAAGGAGUCCGUCACCGCCAUCUUCAAGGGUGCCGAGGCCUACCUCGUCGCCAACCCCGACGCCUACAACUAAACCAUUGGACUGGGAUGAGCUUCAUUUCCCUUCCGUCUUGUUUGGAUAUAGAAGGGUAUUGUGUACGGAGAUUGGGUUUUCUCUCCCCUUUUUUUUGUUUUCAUACAAAAUAAAAUAAAGCUGCUCUAAAGCAGCGUGCGGUUUUUGGACUCGAGAUGGUAUGAGUAUAUGUACGUGCUGUCCUUGUGUGAUUAUGUAUACCGUCAUGGUUUUCUUUGUGGGAAGAAAAAGGACAUUCUGUUUUAG